UUCAAGGAGGGGGAAUGGAGGCGUGGGAGAUGAGGCUGGACAGUCUAUGCGACGCGCUGGGAGAGCCUGCGUCGCAGCUGGGUGCCCUGCUGGGUCUCAUCGACGCGCUGGUGCUGAGCGGGCCGAGGGGGUUGGCGGUGCCGGGCCCGCUUGCAGCCAAGCUUGCGGGACGAGUGCUGGGCCUUGUGCGGCCUGGCCCGCCCGAGCUACUGGGGCGGACGUACGCGGCGGUGAUUGUGGCGCCUGCGUUGGUGCAGGGGCUGUACUCGCGCGGGCUGGUCGGCUAUAUCCACGACGAGCUGGCGGGGUGCGCAGGCGCACUGGCGGUCAUCCUUGCCGACGCGGCGCUGUUUCGGGCGGUACCACUGAUGCAGCUCUUUGCGCUCGUCACUGCUGCCUCGCUCCGGUUUGAGCUGGGACGGUAUGUGGAGCGCGCCGGGGUGCCGGAUGCACUGCGCGCUGGCAUGGCGGCAAUGCACGCCGCCAUCGUCUCGCCGGCGCUGGCGGCUCGGCUGGGAGCUGCGCCGCAGCUUGCCGCCGUCCGCAGCGAGUAUCUGCGGCUCAGCCCGCUCGGCUCGCCGUUGGCGUGGACGCCGCUGCUCAUCCGGCGCGUCCCGCACAUCUGCGCCCUCAUUGCUGGCAUGAUCCUUGCCUACUACCGCGGCAACGUCGAGUGGCUCCUGGUCUCGGCCCUUUGCGGCGCCUUUCUCGCCUCUUCGAUCCGCUUUGAGCACGCCAAGUCGGUCCGCGGUCGCGCUCGCUUCCUCCACCCGUCGAUUUACUACUCGCCCGCUGUCGAGGCCGAUCUCCGCGCUGUCCUGCAUGCCGGCUCGGUGGCGGUAGGCGUCAGCGCAGGAGUUGCCAGCGUAGCAGGUAAUGUGCCUGUGGAGACUGGUGCGGAGGCGACUGCGGCGUCGGUUACUGACGAGCUUGCCCAGUUGCGGCGCCGGCUUGGUAGUGAGCAUGCGGUUCUUCUUGAUGCGCUGGAAGCUGCGGUGGCAUCGUCCGCACCUGCCGGUUCGGAUGUCGCUCUUGAUGCCGUUCCCGACGCCGCUCCUGAUGUCAUUCCUAACGCGGCCCCUAAUGCUGCACCCGACGCCGCUCCUGACGCCACUCUUAGCGCGGCUCCUAACGCUGCACCCAACGCCGCUUCUAACGCUGCACCCGACGCUUCUUCCGACGCUGCUCAAGAAGGCGCGAAAGCGCAAUGGCGCUAG